AUGACUACUAAUCUAUAACUCUAUCUUCAUUGCAAUCGGGUGAAUGGAGGGAACCUUGGAAUGUAAUGAUAGAAAUCAGCCCCCAGAAGCAGGUAUGGAGGAAACAUUUUGAAGUACAGGUGUUAUAACUAGGUAGGGCGUUCAUCAAGCUUUGUCGACAAUAUGAUAUUGAAUAUCAAAUAUACGAGCGGCUAAGUUUAUAUUGUAUUUAUCUAUGAAACCCCCUCCGAAAUGCUCUUCAACGAUGCGUCAACAAACCCAGUCAAACAGAAAACUUGAAGAGUGUUUAUUAUACAUAAUUAACUUUCGAGAGGAAAAUUCUUUCUAGUCUAUUAAACCACUAGAAGACCCAGCUGAUAGAGGCAUCAAACCUGGAAGUGAUUGAUUGAUCUGCCAACAAAUCUAGGAGUUUUAGCCCCCCUCCUUCUUCUCCUCCUCCUCCUCCCACUAUGUGCUUGUUAGAUGAUAGACCAAUGAUUACCUGAAUACCUACCGGUAGAUGAGUGUGCAGUAGCCAUAAAUCAAGAACCGUAUUCAUACCUAGGAUGCAUUACUUAUCUAAGUGUGAUUACUUCUAAGUCUGAAUCAACGGUAUUGUCCAACGAAACCUUCCGAGAGCGUGAAUCGACUCUUUCAAAGUGAACAAAGUGAUUAGCACAACAUAAUGACUUAUUAUAACCGUAAUAUAUUACGAUCCAAUUAUUCAAUUGUCCGAUUGCCCAAAUCAUCCCAAACGUACCAAACCGUACCAAUCUUGGGCCUCUCUCGGUAAGGUUGUAAUGACUUUGUUUAGUGGGGACGCAAGGCCGAGCAACCUGUUCAGGCCUGUGCUGCGCUUUGUGUGGAAUCAAGAAAGCUCCUUUCAGAAACAUUUCAUUCAAUUCCUCAGGACACGCGACAUAAUCUUCCAAACCAUUACAUACAAUCAUUAUAAUCGAAGUUCUUUGCCAAAGGAAUACUCAUUUUCAUUUCAUCACACUUCACUUAGUUUAAUUUCGCCAGGAUGUCGCGCAGGCCAGCAAAUCCUCAGGCUGAGCGUAUUGCGCAGAACACCCAAACGAUAAAGAGUCUUUUGAAACUCGAGUGUAAUAAAGUCUGUUGCGAUUGCAAAAGGAAUAAACAUCCAAGAUGGGCAAGCUGGAAUUUGGGGGUGUUCAUGUGUAUAAGAUGUUCCGGAAUACAUCGUGGAAUGGGAACUCACAUCAGCCGAGUGAAAUCCGUUGAUUUGGAUUCAUGGACAGACGAGCAGGUACAAAGCGUAUUGAGAUGGGGAAAUGCCAGAGCAAACAAAUAUUGGGAAGCAAAGUUAGCCCCGGGCCACGUACCAUCCGAAGCCAAAAUCGAGAACUUUAUCAGAACAAAAUACGAUUCGAAGAGAUGGGUUAUGGAUGGGCCAAUUCCGGAUCCCUCAACUCUGGACGUCGACGGAGACGAUGAUAUACCCCUUGGACUUGUCAAGGAGAAGCACAACCUUGAACGAUCAACAUCACAGAGAACCGCCCCACCUAGUCAAGCCCCUGCCCCGAUCAGCGCCCCUCCUCAACAGGAUCUCUUUGGUGAUGAUUUCGGACCACCUCCAAGAGCGAGUACCGCCGGUCCGGUACCUGCGAGACCCCCCCCAAAGUCAGAGCCGGCUCCCCCAAAGCAAACAAAACCGGCGGAUUCUCUCUUGGGCUUGGACUUCUUCGGAACUGAGGCUGCUCCUCCUAGUCGACCAUCGAGUACAACACCUGCUCCAGGCGCUCAGUCCAGACCUGAUUUGAAACAAUCGAUUCUAUCGCUUUAUGCAUCCGCUCCUCGUCCUCAAGUGCAACAACAGACAUCGCAAAUUUCACAUGCAUCGUCUGGAUCUUUUGGUGGUAUGCAAGCGGCACCCCAACAAUCGCCACAGCGUUCUACAUUUGGAGGUAUGAAUGAUGCAUUCAGCAGCUUAAGUUUCUCAAAUACAACAUCUCCUCCAGCUAAGACAUCAGCUUUCUCCAACUUGGGUAACCUCUCCAGCCACCGAUCUACAGGUUCCGGGGCUCAAAUUUCUACUCCACCCCUUAGUGGCGGCGGAUUCUUUGAUUCAAAGCCAAAAGCAGCCGCUGCGCCUUCUCAAGUAUCUCGUACGUUCAGCUCCACAAGCGGGUUUGGGGCCUUUGACUCGGCGCCAGGACAAUCACCAGCUCCGCAGUCCACAAAUGCAAGUUCCUCGUUAGGAGAUCUAUUCGACUUCUCCACUCCUGCUGUACAGAACGUUUCACCACCUAAACAAACACUCGCUUCGCCACCUGCUCAAUCAUCAGUCUUCAACCUUUCAAGCCCUACGGCAACUACACAAAAAUCUCCGCCAGCAGCACCUGCUAUGAGCAGCGCUUGGGGCAACACUGACGCAUGGGGUUCAAGUGAUGCUUGGGGUAGUUCUGCCAAAACUAGUCCAUCGCUCACCAAAGCUGCCCCACCUCAAACUAACGCUGGGGAUUUCGGUAGCUGGGGAGGUCUAUCGAGUCAAAGUAUAGUACCAGGUACUGGAGGUAGCUUUAAUACUAUGGCUAGUGCUCCAAAGGUGACAGCAGAUGAUGAUUUUGGAGGUUGGAGUAGUGCGGCCCCUGCGCCGGCUUCGAAUGCAACUUCUGGAGCUGGGAAGCCUGCUGGAGGGUUCUCAUCGGGUGGUGAGGAUUUAUUCUCUAAUGUAUGGGAGUAAGGUGAGGAUACUGCAUGGAUAUAGUACGACGUGAAGUGGGAAAUGAGGGCUAAGUUUGCGGGAUAUAUGAACAUGGAUGGAUGGAUGGAAAAUGACAUGAACAUAGAUAUCCUAUAAAUGACAGAUAAUUC